AGGAGCAACGAGACUCUUCGCAUUCGCACUACUCGUACACAUUAUUAUACAAAUGCAAUUUAUUUCAAUUGUUCCCAUGAAAUCUAAUCGUGAAAAUUCAAAUCGGUGCGACGCUUCCGUGGAAAAAGAAUAUGAUUGUUCGCCAAAUUACAGUUUAAUUCGCAACAUUCAUGUCGGUUUCCCAUCGCCAGCUGCAAGCUCGGCGGUCUCGUUGGUUCGCGAUGAUUAUCGAUAUUUCCACUAUUUGUGUGAUUCCUUUGACGAUCGAAAUUGGGGCUGUGGAUAUCGUGUGCUGCAGACAUUGUCUUCAUGGAUUGAUCCUGAAUCGUCACCGCUUAGUUUACGGGAAAUGAUCGUGGUUUUGAGUGAAAUGGAAACUGGGAUUUCGAAGUCCGCUCUUGAUAACCAUCAUGUCGAAAAUCCAUGGAUUGGGACGUUCGAGGGAUUUCUUAUCUUGGACCGCGUGUACGAUGUUUCGUGUCGGAUUGAUUUCAUCAAAAGUCCCAAAGAAUUUGAGGAGCAUACUCCACUUAUUUACAAACAUUUUGCGGAAUCUGGAGCACCGAUAUUUAUGGGAGGCGAUCAAGACUGCUAUGGAAAGUGUGUUCUCGGGAUCUGCCUUGUUGACAAGGAACAUCAUUUGCUAAUUUUAGACCCCCAUUUCGUGGGUAUCUUGGAUAACAAGGAGGAAGCAUACCGCAAAGGAUGUCUCACAUGGACUCCCGUGAAAGAAUUUUUGAGGGAGUCUAUUUAUAAUUUAUUAAUGCCGCUGUCCCACGGUCAGAUGAAAUUUCGCCCUGCAAGAUGAGAACUAUAUCGAAAAACAUUGGCAUUAUUAACAGAAAUAUUGCUAAACGAGAUGCUGAGAUUUGAACAUGAUUGUGGAAAAAGACAUUGUCAAUUUUUGUAAUGUAAACAAAUUUUUGCCGAUUGUAUAUGACCUGUUGUGUUUAAUGCGAUGAAUGGAGGUUGGGAAAAGCUUUAAAUUAAAUGAACGGCAU